AUGAUCGUGCCAUCAAGAAUAUUUUACAUCUUCAGUAAACAUGCAGUGGUACAGUUAUUACUACCUACGAUGGUGGGAUUAAUGAUCGGUAUGACGAUAAUGUAUCAUGCUUUACAUCAGUCGAAGAUGGCGCCGUUGAUUGCGACGAAGUUACUUGAGGAGCGUUAUUAUCCGGAGAACAAGGCACUUCCUCUACCGCCAGUUUCCUCAGAAUACAAUGUGACCAGCAAAAAACGUAUCUGUUUGGUGAACAUCGACACGCGACCAUUGCAACGAUUCUCCGCAGUAGAAGGUGGAUAUAGGGAUAUGACUUUUUCUUCGCUUUCCACGUACAGCAAUCUUCUCUAUGCACGUCUUCAUGGUUACGAUUAUCAACGUAUCGUUGUUCCUCCGUUUCAAAACCGAUACCAUACAUGGUCAAAAGUGUACCACUUGUAUGAUAUGGUUCAAUCUAUGGCCGAAUCGCAUGACGUUAUUCUAUUUCUCGAUGCUGAUGCUUAUGUUGCCGAUAUUCGCAUGCCUCUCGAACGAUUAUUGACAAAGUGGAAAUUUGAUGAGAAGGCUCAAUUGCUCUUAUCUCUCGAUGUUUCCAGUCCGUAUGCGAAAGAUACACAUGGUCGUACGGUACUCAAUACUGGCGUGAUCUUUCUUCGACCAGGCAGUCCGAAAGUCAUCUCAUUACUGCGCAACUUAUCCGAAUGUCUAGAGCGCACACCUGGCUGUGAACAAUGGCGACACAAAUGGGGUCACGAACAAUCUGCUUUCAGCGAAUAUUUCCGAGAUGCAUUCAUUCCCGAUGUCGAAUUGUUAUCAAUGCCGUGUAACGAAGGUCUUGGCUACAGUGAAGACCCAUACAAUUGUCAUGGUAUUUACAUUUCACAUGUUACUAUGGACAAAGAAUCACUCCGUGAACGGUAUAAGCAACGGCUCAUCUAUGGUACUUUGUUAUCACUUGAACGCGAACUCUUUCGGUCGCAUGUUACGUAUCCAUCGACGAAUGACAUUGAUUUGCUCGAUAUGAUGCGACAACAACGUUCAUCAACAACACCUACGAUGGAGAACAGCACGUCAACUGAUUAG